CCGCCCUCGUUUCCGACCGCGGGGAGACCGGCAGUGGCAUUAGCGCUCGCGGGGCCGCGGCGGAGGGCAUCUCGCACGGUGCUCGCUGGGACUCGCCCGCCCGCUAGUGCGCCUGCCCGCCUGAGCGCCGCCAGGGCUGCGGGGCCGCGGGGUUGCACGCUCUGCCGCUGCCCGGGAGGAGACAGCUAGUCCCAGCUCCGAGACGGGGAGCGGGCGAAGUUGACGAGCCCAUCGCCCCAGCCCACGCGGCGCCUCUCCAGCCCAGAGGUGCGCUGUCGGCUCCUGGAGGGGUCCGCGCGCGGCCCUGCCCCAGGGGUUGCAGCCAGCGGUCGGGCGCGCGUGCUAGUUUGCCACAGGAGGCGCCCCGGGGAAAAGCCCCGCAGGAGAGUUGCUUCCCCGGAGCGGACCUGCCGCCCAGCCGUGGGGUUUGGGCGGCCUGGAUGCGCAGGACCCAGCCCCGCAGCCGCUGACGCCCGGCGGCCGCGAAGUUUGGCUGCUGAGCGGCGCGGCGCGGGGCCACUGGACAGCGGGCGGCCCGGCGGUCGCGGCGGCGGGAGCGAUGCCCGUGGGGGGCCUGUUGCCGCUCUUCAGCAGCCCCGCGGGCGGCGGCGGUGGCAGGAAGGGGUCGGGCCUGGCCGCCUUCCGCCUGACGGAGAAGUUCGUGCUGCUGCUGGUUUUCAGCGCCUUCAUCACGCUCUGCUUCGGGGCGAUCUUCUUCCUGCCCGACUCCUCCAAGCUGCUCAGCGGGGUCCUGUUCCACUCCAGCCCCGCCUUGCAGCCCGCCGCCGACUACAAGCCCGGGCCCGGGGCGCGCGCUGAGGACGCAGCCGAGGGGCGAGCCCGGCGCCGCGAGGAGGACGCGCCCGGAGACCUGGCGGACGCCCUAGAGGGCAACUUGGCCAGGAUCCGCGAAAACCACGAGCGGGCUCUCAGGGAAGCCAAGGAGACCCUGCAGAAGCUGCCCGAGGAGAUCCAAAGAGACAUCCUCCUGGAGAAGGAGAAGGUGGCCCAGGAUCAGCUGCGUGACAAGGCGGCGCCCAGGGGGCUGCCUCGGGUGGACUUCGUGCCCCCCAUCGGGGUGGUGGGCCGGGAGCCCGCAGACGCCGCGGUCCGCGAGAAGAGGGCAAAGAUCAAAGAGAUGAUGAAACAUGCUUGGAAUAAUUAUAAACAUUAUGCCUGGGGACUAAAUGAACUAAAACCUAUUUCGAAAGAAGGCCAUUCAAGCAGUUUGUUUGGCAACAUGAAAGGAGCAACAAUCGUAGAUACUCUGGAUACACUUUUUAUUAUGGAAAUGAAAGAUGAAUUUCAAGAAGCAAAAUCAUGGAUUGAAGAACAUUUAGAUUUUAAUGUGAAUGCUGAAAUUUCGGUUUUUGAAGUAAAUAUACGCUUUGUUGGUGGACUACUCUCAGCCUACUAUCUUUCUGGAGAAGAGAUAUUUCGAAAGAAAGCAGUGGAACUUGGGAUAAAAUUGCUACCUGCAUUUCAUACUCCCUCUGGAAUACCUUGGGCAUUGCUGAAUAUAAAAAGUGGAAUUGGAAGGAACUGGCCUUGGGCUUCAGGAGGCAGUAGUAUUCUGGCAGAGUUCGGAACCCUGCAUCUGGAGUUUAUACACUUGAGCCACUUAUCAGGAAACUCCAUCUUUGCUGAAAAGGUAAUGAAUAUCCGAACAGUACUGAACAACCUGGAAAAACCACAAGGCCUUUAUCCUAACUAUCUGAAUCCAAGUAGUGGACAGUGGGGUCAAAACCAUGUAUCAGUUGGAGGGCUUGGAGACAGCUUUUAUGAAUAUUUGCUAAAGGCAUGGUUAAUGUCUGACAAGACAGAUACAGAAGCUAAGAAGAUGUAUUUUGAUGCUGUUCAGGCAAUUGAGACUCACUUGAUCCGCAAGUCGAGUGGAGGUCUGACUUACAUCGCGGAGUGGAAAGGGGGCCUCCUGGAGCACAAGAUGGGCCACCUGACCUGCUUUGCCGGGGGCAUGUUUGCGCUUGGGGCAGACAGUGCUCCAGCGAGCCUGGCCUCACAUUACCUUGAACUUGGGGCUGAAAUUGCCCGCACUUGCCAUGAAUCGUAUAAUCGCACAUUUGUGAAACUGGGACCAGAAGCUUUCAGAUUUGAUGGCGGUGUCGAAGCAAUUGCUACAAGACAAAAUGAAAAGUACUACAUCCUACGACCAGAAGUUAUUGAGACCUACAUGUACAUGUGGCGACUGACUCAUGAUCCAAAGUACCGGAAAUGGGCCUGGGAAGCUGUAGAGGCUCUGGAAAAUCACUGCAGAGUGAAUGGAGGCUACUCCGGCCUCAGGGACGUUUACCUCAGACAUCAGAGUUACGACGACGUGCAGCAGAGUUUCUUCUUGGCAGAGACACUAAAGUAUUUGUACUUAAUAUUUUCUGACGAUGACCUUCUUCCACUGGAACAUUGGAUCUUCAACAGUGAGGCACAUGUUCUUCCCAUACUUCAUCCAGAUAAAAAGGAAGUUGAAGUCAAAGAAAAAUAAAAAAGACAUUUUAUAUUUUACUCUGCUCCAUUCCCUUCACUGUAUACCUUAAUAAUUCCUUUUCUGGUAUUCAGGCACCUGAUGAAUUUUUAUUAAUAAAUAGGUCCAUGAUUAUUCUAAAUUUUAAAAUAGUUUUGCAGUCUUUUAUGUUUAUUAUCAUAAGCAUAGAUAGGCCUAAGUUCCUAUUAUAUCCUGUAUUAUUCAGCUUGUAGAGCCACAGUUGUUUUUUUUUUUGUUUUGUUUUGUUUGUUUGUUUUUAAGUAAUCUCUUAUCUCUGGAGAUUAUGAAGUUGUAUUAUCAUUUCUAUUAAACAAAAUAGAAUGGUAUACCAGUGAUCUCUUAAUUACAGUUUUGAUUUGACUGCAAAACUUCUUCCUCCUCUAUGGGGAGAUGACGUCUGCUUUAAGCUUAAUGUUUUGCCAUGUUGCAAAAAGCCAUAAUAAUAAAUUAAGUAUUAAGAAAAGCUUUUUUUUCUUUACAAUUUCAUAUUAAUCUGGUUUGUCUAUCCACCAGAGACAGAUAUAACUGUGACAGCCUCCUCCUUAUGCGGGUCUAUCAUUAUUUGAUAGAAUGUCUUCUAAAAUACUUCACUCACAUAAUAAUUCAAAUUAGAAAGUCAUCCCAAAAGGAUCAUCUCAUGUUGACCUCAUUUCAUUGGAACAGCAGUAUAUUUUUGUUGGUUAAUUAAAUUAGUGUUUCCUAAUUUGUGAAUUAUUCUCAAAUUUUACUUUGUAUGUCAUUUCUGGAUCAUGUAAUGGUUAAUUUCCUCCAUUCCCUACUACAUAGUAAGGUGAGCUCUCAAGUUUUGCAGAGCCCUGCUAUCACUGAAGUUUAUUUUUAAAAGAGAAAUAGUGUAACUCUUAGUGUGUUAGCUUUUGCUUUUAACUGAAUAAAUGAAGAAAUUGGGUCUCUCUACAGAGACAGAAUUUCGAAUGGCUUUUAGUUGAUUUGUUUUCAUUUCAUCCUUUUUUUUUCCUUGAGGAAAAAAAAAAUGCAUUCCAUUUGAUUCAGUCUUUAAAAAGGCCCUUUCUCAAAUGCAGUAAAUUAUUUCAUUUCCAUUUAUGAAAGCAAGAUUUGACUCUGUGAAAGAAGCUUUGCCACUUUCUCAAUUCAUGGUCAACUGAAGAAAAUCUAAUAAAAUCUGGGCCAAACAAGAACAUAAUAUAUUUAGUAGGGUUAAACUCAGCAUAGAGAUCCCAGUUUAGAAGCAACAUAUAGGUCUCCCCACUCCCAACCUCCAAAAUCCUGCAGCAGAUCCAAGUAGUAUGAGUCUUCAAAAUAUUAAGUUUUGAGAUAUGAACUGUUCUCCCAAGAAUGGAUUGUAACCAAAUCUUGUGUUUUCUUAUCAUAUUGGUUCAUAUUUUAUAUAUAUCCCCAUGAACAGGCUAAUCCAUACACUGAGGUACAUACAGACUUUUGACUACCUAAAUUUUCAGCCUGCUGUGUCCAAACAGAUCAGGUCAACCCCAUGGAUUAGGCUGAACCAUAUGAAAUUGCCAUAUUUUUAGUUUAAAAAAAAAACUGUCCAGUAUCUUCAGUGUCAUAUAGUUCAACCUAAUGUUUUUAAAAAGCAACUAUUAUUGUCCCAAAUCUCAAUAGAUUUAAUAGUUUCAGCUAAAAGGUGUUUCAGAAGACUGCCUUUGUCUGAAAGGACCAUCUUGUGUGGCCUGGUUUUUUUUCGAUAUUAUAUGUUGGGUAUAUGUCAAAGGGCAAAAAUUAGCAAAUGAAAAGAAUCUUCAUUGUCAUGUUAAAAUAUGUCUCUGUGACCCAAAUAAAACUUCUCCCACUUGUAUUCCAGUUCACCUAAUGAAAUGAAUGGAGAGCAAGAGUCCUUUUUUUCCAGGACUUUAAGGCAAAAUAUAAAAAAUUAUUGCUGAAAACAGGCCACAUGUAUUUAGAGUCUAAUUUUCAUAUAAAUGUCCUUGAACUAGCAACUUAAUUUAUAUUAUUUGCUUUUCAAUUUGAUUUGAAAAUGCACAAAGCUGAUAUGUAUUUCUGCAGCAGCUAGGAUAUUAAAAUCAGGUUGUGUGUGUACACUGCACUGUAAUGUACCUUUUGUAUCCUGGUGUAAGUAGACAACAAGAUUGCACUUCAUGUUGCUCUGCCAGUGGCAAGAAUAAGGUUUUUUAAGUUAAGGAAUUUGGGGUUUUUUUUAACAGAAGUCCCCAAUCAACAGAAAUGUAAAGGGAUAAGAGACUAAAAUUAUGGUGAUGUAAAUUUAAAGUCAUGUUUUGUGUUAAUUAUUUUAAACUGAAGUCAUUAGGCAGACACAGCCACCUUCAUUUUCAGCAAAACUGGGCAGUUACGUUUACAUAUGUAUUCAUAUUUGUACAUAAAUCCAUUCUGUCAUUCCCAACUUUAUAUAAAUCUCUUAAUGUUACAGAAUACAUAAUAGAUUGACACAUAAUUUUUAAAAACUAUAUUUGUAAAAUUUCUCAAUUGUGAAUAAAGUCUUUUAAUAUAUCUCA